GUAUGUCCAUAAUUGUUUAUAAAUCUACUCAAGGUAAUACAACAAGGAAUGAUCGUGCGGGAACCAUGCCCCUGCAAGCUCCAAUGGCGGUGUCUCCCUUCCAGACACCAGCGCCACAGCCCUCUCCUUUCCAGCCGCAGCUGGUCAGCACCAUGGCCCCUGUUAACUUGACCAGUGCGCUUAACGCCGCCGGACCAUCACGCCUUCUGCAGGGUACAAAUCCACAUGUCACCCCUGAUGGUCACUACGUCUCAGUUGAGAGAAGUGACGACGAGUGGGAUAUUCCAAGGACCCACAAGAAGAAGAAAGGAAAAACCAUACGGCCAGCAACUUCCCAAAACUCCGCCUUCGAAAGGCUAGGGAUAGGGAAGAAGGAGCCAGCAAGGACGAGGGUCUCUCGUCAAGAAGAGGAAGCAGAAAGCCAACCCAGAGGACCGGUGGCUAACCGGCUAACCGUCCCAAAUGAUCACGUCCAGCAGAUGGAGGCGAAACUGGAAAGGUUAGAGAAGAAGGUUGGGGAGAAGAAUGACUGGGAUAAACCCCUAGCCGGGUCCCCGUUCACUACAAGGGUCCAUCUAACACCUUUCCCGCGAAAGGUCAAGAUAGACGCUCCAAGUACAGCCGGGCAGAGGGAAUCUGAGAACCUCACUCAAUUCCUUACUCGGUGGAAGGAAGAGGUAGACAAGGUAGAGGAGAUGGAUGACAAGACGGUGUUGUCCCUUCUCUUGAAUGGCUUACGUGCCGGGGAACUAUACAAGGAGUUCUGCCGGAAACCCCCGACCACGUAUCAAGAGGCCUAUCACACUGCAUGGGAAUUUGCUGAAGCUGAAACCCAACUCCGGGCGAAGAAGGAAACCGAGCAUGGUUUCAAGCCCAAGCCGGUGCAAGUGAAGAAGGAGGAAGUGCCGGGACCUAGCCGGCCAAGACACCACUAUGACCCGGUCGUCCGUGUGGUGAAUACGAAAGAAUUCCAAGAGAUCAGGAAAGCACCGGUCAUUCCUCCGGAAAAUCUUACCGGUCAAACAGGACGACAAUGGUCUGGCACGUAUUGUUCGUACCAUAGGUCAGAUUCCCAUAACACUUCCGAAUGCAAGAGUGUUUAUGGAGUCAUCCGGAAAAUGAUAGAUAGUGGAGAACUGGGCAAAGAUUACUUGCAGAAAGCCCAGGAGAAUAGUCAUCAAUGGGUUAGGCAAGCAGCCCAGGGAAAUGACCAGGACAAUGACCGGCGCAGGAAUAACCGGCAGAGGGAGCAAGAGCUUGCCCCUGACAAAGAGCAUAUUGGAAUGAUCUUCGGCGGACCCGAAGGCGGAGAUUCAGCCACGCAGCGGAAGAAUUGGGUCCGCAGCAUUUACGUUGGUGAAGUAAGUGCUGAACCGGCCAGGCGAAAGCAGGCCAGGAGGGAACCGAUCAUCUUUACUGAUCGGGACCUCCCACCUACCGAUGAAGAUCAUAAUGAUCCAUUGGUCAUCACCAUGGACAUUAAUGGGGUGGAUGUCGCCCGGGUACUUGUUGACACCGGCAGUAGUGUCAACAUCUUAUACCUGAAGACUUUCCAAAAACUCAGGUUGUGUCGGACACAACUUGAACCCCUCAAAACUCCUCUCUCAGGUUUCACGGGAGAUACAGUGGAAGCUGAAGGGUCCAGAGUUCUACCGGUCGAACUAGAAUCAGGUUUCACGGGAGAUACAGUGGAAGCUGAAGGGUCCAUAGUUCUACCGGUCGAACUAGGAUCGGGUGACAAGACCGUAUGGAAGAAGAUGCGAUUCAUCGUUGUGGACAUCAAAUGCGUCCACAACGCAAUCCUUGGAAGGCCAGACAUCAACAAGGUCUGGGCGGUGAUUUCCAUGCCACACUUGUGUAUGAAGUUCCACACUCCAGGUGGUGUGGGAGAGGUGAGAGGUGACCAGAGGAACGCCCGGGAGUGCUAUGCCCGGGCAGUCAAGAAGAUGACCAAGGGGGUCAACGUCAUCUCCCAAGAAAUCACAAAGGGAGAGACCCGGGAGAAACUUGAACCCGAGGCCGAGACGGUGGAGAUCGAACUUCACCCGGCAAUCAAAGGACAAACCCUCGCGGACUUCCUUGUGGAAAUGACCGGUAUAACUCCAGAUGCACCGGUCGACAAGCCCACCGAGCAAUGGUGGGAGAUGGCAGUAGACGGGGCAUCUGGUCUUAAAGGGUACGGGGGUGGUGUGGUUUUUACCACUCCUGAAGGGUUCAAGAUCUACCAUGCACUUGUCUUCAACUUCAAGCUGACGAACAAUGGGGCAGAGUAUGAAGCUCUGGCUGGAGGGCUCAGACUUGCCCAAGCCCUGAAAAUCAACCGGGUCAGUAUCAAAUCUGACUCCAGUCUGAUUGUUGGGCAAGUGACCGGUACCAUGGAAGCCAGAGAAGGACGAAUGGCACAAUACAAAGUGCUUGCCUUGUUGAAAGGCUUCGAGGAAUUCAAGAUCGCCCAAAAUCCCCGGGCGGAGAACGCAGAUGCGGACCAUCUCUCCAAGUUGACGCAGUAUGCUCCCGAGCACGUUUCAAAACUUGCCCGAAUGGAAAUCCUGGACCAAGCCAGCAUCGAGAAAUUGGAAGUCGCUGCUAUAACAGCUGGAAGCCAGUCUGACCGGUCAAACCUGGUCGGGGCGGACGACCAUUGAAUGUCACAUAAUUUCACUAGUACGAUUAGUCACGCGAUCGCAGGUUACACGUUAAGAAAUAUUUGUAAGUUAC